GCAAUGUAACGCGAACCUGAAAUUUCGUUUUCGUUCGGCGACGUGGCGAAUAUCGUGCUGAUCGCGUGCGAUCCUUCGCGAAAUGCGAUCGCGUGUCAACCGGUGAAAAAAGUUUCCAGAGAAAAGUGCAUCGAAAUUCAGUUUCCGCGCGCGCGCCCGCACCUUAUUGAUGUGUUAUAAAAGUGAUAUCGUGUUACGCGAUUCUUGUUUUGCCGAGACAUUGUCGCUGCAAACGGAUCAUGGAUCUAUAACGGGCGAUUUAAUAUGCAGCCACAUUGUUCAGUCACGGACAGAGCUAUUCACAAAAGAUCCUUACGUAAAGAAUGAUUCAGACGGUUUUCAUUCCCGCUCGCUUUAUAUUGUAAAUGUUGAUUUAUUUUAAGCUCUUUUGUUCAGACAUUCCGAUCCCCGAAUAGAAAGUCGAUGAGAGACCUGCCGGGUUCUGUUCUUUUUAUAUUUCUCCGGUCUGUUAUCAUUGUUUGACGCUGUUUGCGUAGUCGUGAAUAAUUCAGAGGAUGUUAAUGUACCUUAAAUUUUCUCGUUUUUACGCUAUUCGCCCGUCAAAUAGAAAUUCGAUGCGAAUUCUAUUCUCUUUGUACUUAUCCGAUUUGCUGAAAUUGUUUGCCGAUGUUUGCGUUGUCAUUGAUGAUUUGGAGAAUGUUAAAUGUACUUGAAACUCUGUUCGACGCUAGUUUUUCGCUGUUCGACCAUCGAAUAGAAUUUCCAUAUAACGUCGAAUGUAUUGCAUUCUUUUUCAUACUUAUCCAGUUUAAUAAAAUUGCUUGAAGCUGUUUGUGCUGUCACAGAGAUGCUUCAGAAAUAUUUUUGUACUCCAAACUCUUCUACUUUCGUGCUAGUCAACACUUAGAGUUAUGAUUGGAUAUAAUAACGCAAGUGUUUGAGCCUCGGAUUUCGAAAAAGUUCUCGACGACGUGUGAUUUCGCGCGGUUCAAGGUUUGAACGAAAUAAUGAACCAGACGAAACGAAAGAAGUGGAAAAUCGGCUAGAACCGGACGAAGCAGCUUCGACCGCGAUCUACAAUGGGUGUUUUUAAUCCAGUGAAAGUGCUCCUGGUCGUAGCAUUAAUGCGAUCAGAAAUCGGCGACGUUGACGCCGUUUUAUCGGAUCGAGCGAGGAACUUAACGGACCGAUUCACGUCCACUACUACGUUAACAGUAAACAUUAGAGACGACGAUGAUCAGGAUCCCUCCUUCAUAUACCAGGGCUGUAUGCUUCUGGAUGGCGCUUGCAUUAACCCGGAGUACUCAGCUUCGGUAUCGAGCGGAGUGUUAUCCGGGAUACUUAAUAUAUCGCCGGAGAAAAUACAAGCUGUUGAUAUGGACAGUAUCAACGCACCCAUUCAUUACUCGUUCCUGAGUGGCAAUCCAACGAAUUACCGCGAGUUCUUCGAAAUCAAUCCGAACACCGGCGCGGUGAAGCAAAUCAAGGCAGUGGACACCACGGUCACCAAAAAAUUCGAUAUCAUAAUCAAGGCCGUUGAAGUAUCCGAAGCGAAGCGAUCGGCGACAGCUAAAUUGACUAUUACCGUGAAGCCGGUCGACAGCAAUCCUCCAAUUAUAACGGCAUCGAACGUCGAAGGUUUCGUCGAUGAGAACGCCGCGAUCGGAACAAAGGUGAUCGAUAAAAAUGGCGGGCCUAUAGUACUCACCGUUUCAGACGCUGAUUUGGGACCCGAAGACCCGAAGCCGACCUAUUCGUUCGAAUUAACGACCAGCUUCUUCGCGAUUGAUCCUGCCGGAGUAUUGGUCGUAAAUGAAGAAAAUUUAGAUCGAGAUCCACCGAGCCCCGGUCGUUUCCGGUUUCAAGUGGUCGCCAGGGAAAAAACGGGAGUCGCAGCUUCCGCGCCAUUAUCGUUCGUGGUAACUUUGAAUGACGUUAAUGAUAAUGCUCCCAUGCUCCCAAUGACGGCGCCCAUCACUGUUCAAGCUGGAGAAACAAAACGACCGGUCACGAAGAUCGAAGCGACAGAUAACGACGAAGGUGAGAACGCCGAAAUAACUUACAGCAUCUACCACGUUUCGAACAACGGCUUGCAUAAGUUCAAAAUCGACCCAAAGACUGGGGUGAUCGAAUCGGUGAGAAAGCUGAAUGCGGGCGAACAAUACAGUAUUACGGUGCAAGCGACAGACAAAGGGGGAAAAUAUUCGCAAACCAUCGUCGAGGUGAACGUAAUCCCUGGCCCCAACACCAAAAGUCCUGUGUUUCAUCAACCCGUGUACGAGGUGCAGGUCAGCGAAGGUGCUUCGAUCAAUUCCACGGUCGCAACGAUUACUGCGGUUGAUCCAGAAAACGACCCGGUAUCGUACUCCAUUGUUUCUGGCAACGAUCUCCGUCAAUUCGUGAUCGGUGACAAAUCGGGCAUAAUUACCGUUAUAAGGAAGUUGGACAGGGAAGAUUUAACUCGUUAUCAACUGGUGAUAAAAGCCGAGGAUUCCGGUGGUCUGUUCAGCUCCGCAACAGUGAACAUCAAAGUGACGGACAUCAACGACAAGAAUCCAGAAUUUGUAGACUUGCCUUACGAGUUCACUGUUAAAGAAGGCGAGGCACGGAAAUUGAUCGGCCGUGUGCACGCGGAGGAUGCCGACGAAGGCAUUAACGCUGAGAUCACCUAUUUCGCGCCGGACGAUAUUCCUUUCACGGUGGACCCCGAAACCGGAGAUAUCCUGACCAAGAUCGUUUUGGAUUACGAGCAGAAUGACGAAUAUAAGUUUGUUGUCACCGCAAGGGAUGGGGCUCCGGAUUAUCGUUUAGCCACAGCUACAGUGACCGUGAAAGUUAUAGACGUUGAAGAUGAAGUUCCCAUUUUCCGACAAAGUAGCUACGAGGCUAAGGUGAAAGAAAAUAUACCGGACUACACGGUGACACAAGUGAUGGCCGAUGAUCCGGAUACAAAGAAGCAAAUUACGUACAUGAUCAAACAAGGGGACACUGAACUCUUCAGUAUAGACCCAAAGACUGGAGUGAUAAAAACUAUUCGCGGAUUAGAUUACGAGAGAGAGACUCAGCAUAUUCUCAUAGUUGGCACUGAGGAAAAUACCAGCGACCUACCUGGUUCAACAACUAGGAUUGUAGUCAACGUUCAGGAUGUCAACGAUAUCCCUCCGGUGUUCACGUCAGUUCCUCGUCCGAUUACGUUAGACGACGACGUUCCUAUUGGCACGACAGUCAUAAAUCUGAUUGCAACAGAUUCGGAUGGCACAGCCCCUGGAAAUCAAGUGAGAUACGAAAUCAUUGGCCGUGGAAUAACGAACAAGUACUUCGUAAUCGAUCCAGACACCGGUGUGUUGAGAAUAAGGGAUGAUUUGCGUAAAGAAACCGACACCGAAUAUCAGAUCGACGUGCGCGCGUACGAUAUGGGAGAGCCGCAAUUGUCAUCGGUGACAACGGUGCCGGUUUACGUUCGCCACGUUGCCACGGUGCCACCCGAAAUUGGUUUGGGCUUCGCAGAAAACUCGUAUAACGUCGAGGUACCAGAGGACGCGGGCGAUAACACGCUCAUCAAGAUAAUCACCAUCAUUAAUAGCCAUGCCCACGAUACGACCCCGUUGAAGUGCGAGAUCUACAGCGGCAACGAAAAUGGAUUAUUCGAGGCGAACGUCACAGAGGAGCGAAAUUGCGCGCUGAUGUUGAAGAAAGGAGCUUUGGAUUACGAGUCGACGGAAUCCUAUCAGAUCAAGAUCAAGCUUGAGUCUUUGUCCAGUCUUUUGAAUUCCGGAAGAAACACGACAAUGGUGAAAAUUCAGGUGCUCGACGUGAACGACAAUAAGCCGGAGUUCCUGUUCCCGGAAGGUAAUAAAAAGUUAUCGCGUGGUCGUUAUUUCGCGGCGAUACCAAGGAGCGCGCAGUUCGCGUCGACGGUGAUCCAGGUGAAGGCGAACGACAAGGACAACGGGAAAUAUGGGAAGCUGGAGUACAAGAUCCUCGGCGGACGAGGAUCCGAUUAUUUCGCUAUGGACAGCUCCUCGGGGAUAAUUCGAACCACGGCGACGUUCGACAACGUGGACCCGAUGGAGCUACCGUUCAAAUUCGACGUCCGCGUCCGGGACAACCCUAACGCCACCGACAAUUUCAACUCGAUCGUCGCGCCGGUCAUAGUGAAUUUGAUCGGCGAGGAGAAUCUGAUGAUUCUGGUCGUUCAGGAGGCGGCGCCCGACGCGUUGCAAAAGGAAGCCGAUAAAAUCGCUGGCAUCAUUGAGGAGAAAAGCGGCCUGCUGAUCGGCAUCGAUAGGGUCGCCGUAAGGAAGAACUUAACGAGGAAUGGCACAAUCGAAAUGUUCCCGCAAGACUCCGACGUCUGGUUUUACGCCGUCGAUCCGGACACCGAAGCCAUUUUGGACAGAAAUAGCUCGCGGAUACAGAGAUCGAUCAUAGAGAAGCCGGCGAUGUCGAAUAUCACUUUCGAUGUUUCCACUUUAGUUCGAGCAAACGCGAUCGACAUCCACGCGCCGGUAAUGCCAGCUGAGCCAGUGCGCACGCAAAAAACUGCCAUCGCUUUUAGUGGCGAAGUGUUUCCAUAUGCGUUAAUAAUCAUCGCAUGCGUCAUAUUGAUUUUGGGUAUCGCCGGUAUCAUCUACAUAUGUGUCUCCUGGACCAGGUACAAGGCGUACAAGGAACGAAUGCAACGUAUGUACGUGGUGCCGCGAUACGAUCCCGUGUACGUGGAGCCUAAUUUGAAGGAGUACGAGACACAGGUGCUACAAAUGAGCGUGCCCGUCGACGACAACGACAGCUACAACGAUCUGCAGCUCGACUUCAGCAAUAAGAACCACGCGUUCAGCCUGGACAACGUCAGCUACAUUACCAAAGAUCACGGAGAAAGCACAGGUCAACAAAGCCCGGUGAGUUCGGAGGCGGCGACGACGGCUCGGGCGUCUAGCAUAGUCGGGACACACGGGGACGCUAACAUUCACUCUCUGAGACGAUCCACCUUGGGCAGAAAGAAUCAUAGCGCCAGCAACACAAACACAUUGAACAACCACGACGCGACACCGGUCCUGAAUCCACUCUACAACCGCGGCAACGACUUGCUCAGCCCGAGCCCGUCCAACGACAACGUCACGUUCAGGGAGAGGAAGGACUACUCUCAUCUUGGAUUCACGUACUUAGGCGAGCAGAGUCCGGUGGAGACUACAACGGAGUUGUAAACCGCCGUCAACCACGGGUAAGGAGUUCGCAACUCGAAACUUCCAACGGGUCUCUUGGGUCAGCCUGUGCCGUGUACCAUAGGAAAGGAGCCGAAACGGUAGGUCAUACAGCGCUCGGGAUCGUCUCCAAGAUCGGUAGUCAAGCGUUCGAUGGCGAAGCUGCAAGAAGACUGCGUCGGUCGGGUGCAACACCAAAAACUGUUCAACCAGCCCGCGAAAUAGCAAACGCUCUUUCCAUCUUGGAUUAGCGACCGCGGAGUCCUUCAUUUUCUUCCUGCGCUCGGAGGCAACGCGGAGAAACUACAGCUGUUGACUGGAAGCGAUAAGCUACUUACGAUGAGCCGGGAUUUGUGAUUCGCCGAUGAAACUAGCUUUUAAACUGGUUCUCGCGAAAUGUCCAACAUACGGCGAAAGUGUUGCGACUCGGGCGUACGUGUUCUCGGAUAGAGAGUGUGAAAUUAUCGAACCUCCUCUUUCGUUAGGAAUUUUCGGUUUCGUCAGUUAUGUUAUUUUCGUUCGGCUCGUCCUCCGCUGAACGUGUCCUUUCUCGUUAAUAGACUGCGGAUCUUUGUACGCUGAAUUGCAUCUGGUGUUUUUGCGUCUUUCAAAUAUCGAAGACAUUUCUCCAGAUUCUUCCGUGUUCAACGCCGGACCUAUCAAGUAUCGUUAUCCGAACAUGUUGUUUCGUAUAUAUGUUUGUAUUUUGUUCGUGUCAUAUUUUUAUACAUACUUUUUGUACUUUCUAAGCACACGCCUUAAAAUGUGCAUUCGACGCAUUCAUGACGAUAUCGUUCACUCGAAAAGAGCAAAUUCGGUUCGAAACACCGUUGAACGUAUUCGUAAAUUGUAUAAAGAUCUUGCUCCAAAUGCAAAAAAAAUGUAAACAAUUUUUCUAGUUCAGAAAUUGAGAUUUUCAGCGCCCCGAUAGAUCAAGAUGACGUUGAUCGACAAUGUUUGAUAUUGAUCUAUUAAAAGCUCUACCCGGCACAGACGUUCCUUUCGGUCGGAACGCCAAAAAUCAUUUGAUAGAAGAAAUUGUUCGCUAAGUGAAA